UGGCGCUCUUGGCGCCCCACCGUCUAGAGUCUCCUCUACGACCGCCCGCCGUGUGUUGCGCCAAGAUGCGCACGGCCCGGCUCGGCUUGGCACCCCGCGCCCCGCCCUCGUCCCGCUCGAUAUAAGUGAGCCUAGCCGGGGCCUGGUAUCAGUUGACCCUCGACGACAGCUGGAGCCGUUACUUCUCCCCUCCGGUCCUCGACGUACUCAGUCACCAUGCCGAACCCCUGCCGCUGCUGCAAGAAGACUUGCCCCAAUGAGACCUGUCAGUGCAAGUGUGGGGACAACUGCAACUGUGGCGCAGACUGCAACUGUUGCACAGGAUCAGAGAACUCAAAAGGAUGUUGUGGAGGAAAACCUACAAGUCAAGGCAAAGCAUAAGUAAGUCUGGCCAUGUUCAGCCCAUACCCUGAUGUCAUAACUAGAAGAAUGUAAAAGUUUGAGGUCACUUUUGUUAACAAACUUUAUUCUAGUUUCUAUACUUCUAUCUAUAAUCAUGUUUAUAUAAAAAAAUUACAAUUGAACAAUAAUUUC